AUGUUCGGCGUGGCGCACCACGCCUACUGUGGGUGCUUUACUGUCCUCGAUAAUGGUAUGCGACAAUAUCUUCCACAAGUUGAGCUCGAAUCACACACCACUAUCUUGGCUACGACUUCGAGGACGGUGCUCAAGCAAAAAUUCACAAACCCGCUUUCUAGAUCUCUAAAGGAAGUGUCUUACACGUUUCCCUUGUACGACGGCGUCAGUAUUGGCGGCUUCAAGUGUAACAUCGGCGAUCGUGUUUUAGUUGGCGUUGUCAAAGAGCUAAACAGAGCUCGAGCUGAUUAUCAGAACGCUGUUAGCAAGGGUCAAACCGCUGGCUUACUUGUUCAGAGCCUCAAUGCUGGAGACGUCUUCACUACGACAGUCGGCAAUGUCCCUGCUGGUCAUGAUGUCGUGGUUGAGAUUACCUAUCUGGGUGAACUAAAGAAUGAUGCGGAGACUGAUGGUGCUCGUUUCACUAUUCCCACGCAGAUCGCACCACGAUAUGGUACCCAGACACUUGCGCCCGACAGUGCAUUUCACGUUCGCGCCGAGGGUGGCAUCAAAAUCAUAGUUGACGUCGAGCUCGAGCGAGGUACCUAUAUUAGAGGCAUCCAAUCAGCAAGUCAUCCCAUAGCUGUCACUGUGGGUCGAACUAGCACAAUGAUGGACGACGAUAAUCUUUUCGAACCGCAUCUAGGCUCCUCAACGCUCGCACUUGGUAGCACUGAGCUCGACAGGGAUUUUGUCAUCGUUGUGCAGGCCAAGGGUCAGGACACUCCACGAGCACUUCUAGAAACACAUCCUUACUUGCCCAAUCAACGAGCGCUCAUGACAACCCUGAUCCCAAAGUUUAACAUCCCGAAUGAGCAUCCUGAGAUUGUGUUUGUCGUCGAUCGAAGUGGAAGCAUGGGUGGUAAGAUGCAUCUAGUAGCAGAAGCUGUGAAGGUGUUCCUCAAGUCUCUGCCUACCGGUGUCAAGUUCAAUAUCUGCAGUUUCGGUACCGGAUAUAGUUUUCUAUUCGAGAAGAGCAGGACCUAUGAUUCCACAAGUGUACAAAUCGCCAUGGACCUUGUUCAGCAAGACUUCGAUGCCACUUAUGGAGGAACGGAGAUGUUACAGCCUGUACAAGAAGUGAUAAAGCGUCGCUACAAGGAUCUCCCACUGGAAGUUAUGCUGCUCACUGAUGGCGAAAUUUGGAACCAAGAAGCUUUGUUCUCAAUUAUUAACGAGGCUAGCAAAGACAACGCACGCUUCUUCACACUCGGUAUCGGUCCUGCUGCCUCAUCGUCUCUUGUCGAAGGCAUAGCCCGAGGUGGCCGCGGCUUCGCACAGUGGGUGAGUGAUGGAGAAAGAAUGGAUAAGAGAAUUGUCCGCAUGCUCAAGGCCGCCCUUACUCCUCAUAUCGACUAUAAACUCGAGGUUAAAUACAAGCAAUCGGAGCCAACAGAGGGAGAUGAUGACUACGAACUCAUUGAAUCUUUUGAAAAGAGUAUGAAAGUUGUCGCGAAGGACAACAAUGCAGGAUCUCGACCAAGUGGAGGAGGCUUGAAGAGAAACUUUAUUUCACUCUUCGAUCCAGACACCAAGGACGAACCUACUAAUCCUGCAGCAGAACGACACGACCAUCUCGUCGAAGUAUUGGUCCCUAAUGUUCUCCAAACACCUCAUGAUAUACCUGAGCUAUAUUCCCACAGUCGAUCUACGAUCUACCUCCUGCUUGGUCCAGGCAGCACAGCAGCCACACCAACAUCAGUAAUCCUGUGUGGCACGUGUAAGCAUGGCGAUCUAGAGGUCAAGAUUCCGGUGCAAGAGAUUGGCGCUGGUACCACCAUCCAUCAACUAGCAGCGAAGAAGGCAAUGCAAAAGCUUGAAGAAGGUCGUGGCUGGCUCACCAAGGCUCUUGACAAGACCGGUCAGCCCCUCAAAACUCAGCACGAUGGUCAGUGGGACCUCAUGGUUGAACGAGAAGCUGUUCGCCUUGGUACGACGUUUCAGGUUGGUGGCAAGUUCUGCUCGUUCGUCGCUGUUCAGGAAGAUGUCAGUAGCAGUGAGAAGCAAUCUGAGGCACGCGCACUGGCAGAUUAUCAGGUGGGCCUGAUGGUACUUGAGCAGCAGAAUCAAUCGAGGAGGUUCAUGGGGUUCGGACAACCACAACAGCAAUACCUGAGCCGAACAAGUGGUCAACCUAGAGGUUCGGCGCUGUUUGGUGGCGCGCAGAGCAGCUUUGGAGGGCCAUCCGGUUACGCAGCCCCUUACCCUGCGUACCCACAACCUGUAAGUCAGGACCUAUGGUUUCCAUUUCAAAAGGAGAUGCAGUGCGGUACCCGCAUGCCUCUGCCUGAAGCAGACGACGAGAUGCAUGUUACUGAUAUGAAGCAGCAUUUCUCUGCACCUACUUACGGCCUUGCUGCAUCCAACCCUUUCAAAGCCUCAUCUACGUUUGGUGCUACGCAGACCAAUUCGCAACCUUCGCGUUUCAGAUCGAGCUUUGAUGAGUAUCAGGCGCGACCAGUAAGUACAAACUUCCCUUCUCGAUCUCGCAAUGUGGAUGCCGACAUUGGUUUGCAGCAAACGGCCAACCCGAGCUUGGACCUAGAGGUCGCAGCAGAGAGUUUUCACUUGGACUUCUCGACGCUCGAUAAUGCGGACGUGCUUGAGAACUUCGAUUUCAACUCUUUCCUUUGCUAG